ACAGGUAUCUGCCCCUGGAGAACCAUGGCAUUGAGCAAUAUUUUGCUGUUGAGUCAGAUUGCCGGAUACGUCGUCGCAUUGAUUUUAUCUCUCUGUAUCAUUGUCCCAAUGAGUCUUCAUCAAGAUGAGUUCCGUGGACAUUGCUUACUCUUCUCCACGGGUGUUUGGAGAGAAUCCGAUGGUCAGUUUGAUGUGAAUUGGGCACCCCAGGCAUAUUGUAACUAUACCAUAUUUGUCGGGUUAAUUCUUCUCUUGACAUCCGCUGUGCAGAUAUACCGACUUUCAAUGCUUAUGUACCGAGGAGAGGAUAGUUCCUUUUUAUCUGCUUUCGUGGACGUUGUAACCUCUAUAUUAUUUACAGUAAUAACACUUGUUGCAGCGAAUAUCAUUACUUUAGGUUUUAUGACAUGGUGCCAGUGUAUGACGAAAAGAUUCCCAUCAUGCGAAUUAGCAGCUGGUAAUGACAUUGACAAGGCUGAUGACAUAGAUACAUCAGGGUUUCAUAUAGAGUUAGGUGCUGCACAAUUUGGGGCAUGGAGUAGUCUUUCAAUCUGGGUUGGUUUGUCUGUGUUUGCUGUUUUAAAGCUAUUAAGAUACCACCAGUUAGAGAAUAUGAAGGUUUCUAUGUUCAGAGAAAGGCAAAGAUUAAUCGAAGCUGCUACAAGUUCACAAGAAUUCCUUCCCAGUUGAAAUCUUUAUUAAGAAACGUAUCACUUUUUAUCACAUGCAAUGUUAUUACAGAUAAAAUCGAGUACAUUUUUGUCAAUGUACUAAAUACAGAUGAUAAUUCUUUAUCGUAAAGAUAUUAAGUUUAUCCGCUGUACUACAAUUGUGCAUAUCAACCAUGAGUAAAUGGUAUUGCUAGCAUCUUCCACUGAAUAUUAAUUAUUUUAUAAUCACGCACACAUGUAGCUUAAUAAUAAGUAUGCAUGGUCAAUGUAUAAAAACUUGGUUACAAGUAAAUUACAUGAGAAUCGAGGAGAUAACUUAUAGCUAACGAUAUGACAUGUAUCGUAAAAGGCUAUUUUGUUUUAUAUAAGUAGAACAGCUAAGUAUAUGAGGCUUUUAUAGAAUUAUAAAUUCAGAGCAAAGAUUAUUAUAGAUAGGCAAAGCGUAUCAUUUUUAAAGAUAUAAUAUAUAGCUUUUGAAUUGUUUAAAAAAAUAUACUGAAGUAUUAAAGAUACAAUUUUCUUAAACUUAAUUAUUGUACAUAAUGUAUUAUAUAACUUUGUUUAAAACAUUUUGUUUUAUGUGUAAGAUAUCGUAAAGAAUUAUAAAUAACUUCUAAAGUGAAUGGACUGCUGUAUGUAAGAAAAGCACAUAUACAUCCAUUCUUGAUUUAACUUUAAUCGUGAUUGCUUAAUUAUCAAACCAGUAGAAAUUGUAUUUGAUGAAUAAAUAAUUGGAAUCCA